AUGGCUAGCAACGACCCUAAGCCUGACACCGCCGCGAAUAACAAGCCGGAAAAUGCUUCAGAUGAUGCUCGCGCCGAUGUCACAGCGGCUGUGGAGGAGCUUCUAAACUCUCUAUCCAACAAGUUUGCGGGUGUCUCUUCAGAAAUCUUUGCUAAGAUGGACGAAAUGUCUCGAAGGCUAGAUAAUCUGGAGGCAGCUCUUCAAGAGAGUAAUAAGCCCAAGGAUGGAAGCUCAACCAAAACUUCAUAA